AUGGCUAACACUGUCAUGCAAUUGGUAGCCUUGAUUGUGUGCAUAAUCGGCAUGGUUGGGACAUUAUCAGCUACUAUUAUGCCCCACUGGAGGAUCACAGCACACAUUGGAGCAAAUAUUGUAACUGCUAUUGUCUAUAUGAAAGGGCUGUGGUGGAUAUGUGCCAUAUUCAGCACUGGCAUCUUCCAAUGUGAUUCCUACAACUCUGUCCUGGAACUUCCAGCAGAUCUCCAAGCUGCCCGUGCCAUGAUGGUCAUCUCCAUUGCUCUCUCAUUGCUUGCUCUCACAAUCUCCGUUGUCGGUAUGAAAUGCACCGUGUGUGCCAAGGAUUCUCCAAUAAAAGACAAGAUUGCUGGCACUGGAGGAGUUUUCUUUAUCGUAGCUGGGCUAACGGGUUUGGUGCCAGUAGUAUGGACAAUGAAUGGCGUGAUACUGAAUUUCCACAACCCACUAAUUCCAGAUGACCUCAAGUUUGAAAUUGGUGAGUCCUUGUACCUCGGGGUUGUUGCUGCUAUGCUGAGCAUCAUUGGAGGAGUCAUGCUGUCCCUGUCAUUUAUAAGUAGGGGAGCUCAACAGUACAGUAGGCGGUCAAUGUCCUACCAGAAUCCCGGAACCAACCGUUCAGCUCCUGCACCAUCGGCUGCAUCUGUUCCUUCAAAAGCAGCAAAAUCGGAAUUCAACUCUUACAAUCUGACUGGUUAUGUGUAG